AUGGCGGCCGCGGGCUCCUCGUGGCUCGUCUUCGGCUUCAGCACGGAGGAGGCUGCGGGGGAGCCGGGUCCGGGCCUCGGCCCGCGGCGGCUGGAGCCGGGCCCGGGGGGGAUCCGCCGCGUGUGGCCCGCAUGGAGCUACGUGGUGGUGGAGACGGGGGCGGGGCUGGAGCUGCGGAGCGCGGGGCGGCGGCGGCAGCUGCGGGGCUGGCGCGAGGCGCUCCCGUCCGAGACGCACGUGGUGCUCCGGGGGGCGGCGGCGGCGCGCGCGUGGCGGCGGGGGGCGGGGCUCCGGUCCGCCGCCUGGAGCCGGUUCCUGCCCCGGGGCCCCGCCCCCUCCCCGCUCCCGCUGCUCCCAGGGGGCUUCGCGCUGCCGCGGCCGCCGUUCUAUAGAGCCCUCCCCGCGGGGCUGCGCGCACGGAGCCUGGCGCUGGGCACCGAGCACGUCCUGCUGCUGGGCACCGGAGGGGACGUCCACGCGUGGGGCGGCGGAAGGCAUGGGCAGCUCGGGCAUGGGAUGCUGGAGUCGGAGGCACAGCCGCGGCUGGUGGAGGCGCUGGCCGGGGUGCCCAUGGCGGCUGUGGCUGCAGGCGGGUGGCAUUCAGCCAGUGUCAGCGAGGCAGGAGACCUCUACAUGUGGGGCUGGAACGAGUCAGGGCAGUUGGCUCUGCCCUGCAAGGCGCUGGCUGAGGAGCGGGCACAGGGUGAGGAGGCUGGAGCAGGAGCUGCGUUGCUGAGCCCGGAGCCGCCGGAGGCCGAGGCCACCACAUUCAUCUCCAUCCAGGCGCUGCCGGCGCUGCUGGACCUGCCGCAGGAGCCGGAGGUCAGCGGGGUCAGCUGCGGCUCCCGGCACACGGCUGCUGUCACACGAGGUGGGGAGCUCUACACCUGGGGCUGGGGUAAAUACGGGCAGCUGGGCCACGGGGACGAUGCCAGCUCCGACUGCCCCCGGCGCGUGGAGCACCUGGUGGCACAGGGGCUGUGGGCAGAGGCAGUGGUGUGCGGGCCCUGGACCACCUAUGUCUGUGUGCGGGAGCCCCCAGACCCCCCCAGCACCACGGCUGCCUGCAGUGAGGACCCUGCUGCUGCUGGAACCUGCCUUACCCCCACUCUGCCAUCAGCCCCCCAGGACCAGACCUGCUCAGACUCAGUCCCUGCAGAGCCGAACUCGGAGCCUCAAGUGGGGCUGCAGCUGCAUGAGGGCUGA